AAAGUGUCUCGGUCGACUCCGGAGGCGGCCGGAAAUUUCUUGCACAGACUCCUCGUAGCGGUGACUCGGCAGCCGCGUCCCGCGUCAUCAGUGACAGCCCCGAUUCUCGUCCCUCUCUGCGUCGCCCUGCCAAGGGACAGUCGCUUCCUCCUUGGCAAAUAGUCCUCGGCGGAGUCCGAGUUCUUGGGUCAAUCUGAAGGCGGAGGCGCUAAAAGUUGCAGUCCGAGAGAGGCUUGGGGUCGAUCCGGAGGGAGACCCAGUGACGGAAGUGUCUGCGGUGGUGUGUGAAGUUAGUUAAACACUCCCUUCCUCCCGAGGAUCCCUCCGCCUGCGGUAGCGGUGGUGAGGCCGAGGGAGCCGCCAUUUUGGAUGUUCGGUUCCUGCUGCCACUGCUGCCGCCGCCCCCGAAGCUGCUGGUUUCAGUCGAGGUUUCGGGCCGAGGAUGCCAGCCCCCAUCAGAUUACGGGAGCUGAUCCGGACCAUCCGGACAGCCCGAACCCAAGCUGAAGAACGAGAAAUGAUCCAGAAAGAAUGUGCUGCAAUCCGUUCAUCAUUUAGAGAAGAAGACAAUACAUACCGGUGUCGGAAUGUGGCAAAACUACUGUAUAUGCACAUGCUGGGCUACCCUGCUCACUUUGGACAGUUGGAGUGCCUCAAACUUAUUGCCUCUCAAAAAUUUACAGACAAACGCAUUGGCUACUUAGGAGCAAUGCUGCUGUUAGAUGAAAGACAAGAUGUCCAUCUUCUCAUGACCAACUGUAUCAAAAAUGAUCUUAAUCACAGCACGCAAUUUGUACAGGGGCUAGCACUUUGUACCCUCGGCUGCAUGGGGUCCUCAGAAAUGUGCAGAGAUCUUGCAGGAGAGGUAGAGAAGCUCCUGAAAACUUCCAACUCUUACUUAAGAAAAAAGGCAGCACUGUGUGCUGUUCAUGUCAUCAGGAAGGUUCCUGAACUUAUGGAGAUGUUUUUGCCAGCAACAAAAAAUUUAUUGAAUGAGAAGAACCAUGGUGUCCUUCAUACAUCUGUAGUCCUCCUCACAGAAAUGUGUGAGCGAAGCCCAGAUAUGCUUGCACAUUUUAGAAAGAAUGAAAAGCUUGUGCCCCAAUUAGUUCGUAUCCUAAAGAACCUCAUUAUGUCCGGAUAUUCCCCAGAACAUGAUGUUUCUGGUAUCAGUGACCCUUUUUUGCAGGUACGAAUCUUACGGUUAUUAAGAAUUUUAGGACGAAAUGACGAUGACUCAAGCGAAGCUAUGAAUGAUAUAUUAGCACAGGUUGCCACUAAUACAGAGACUAGUAAAAAUGUAGGAAACGCUAUUCUUUAUGAAACGGUUUUGACUAUCAUGGACAUUAAAUCAGAGAGUGGACUACGAGUUCUAGCCAUAAAUAUUCUGGGUCGUUUCUUAUUGAACAAUGACAAAAAUAUUAGAUAUGUAGCACUGACAUCUUUGUUGAAGACUGUGCAAACAGAUCAUAAUGCUGUACAGAGGCACAGAAGCACAAUUGUGGAUUGUCUAAAAGAUUUGGAUGUCUCAAUAAAACGGCGUGCUAUGGAAUUGAGUUUUGCUCUGGUAAAUGGAAAUAAUAUCCGAGGCAUGAUGAAGGAAUUACUUUAUUUUCUGGAUUCAUGUGAGCCAGAAUUUAAAGCAGAUUGUGCAUCUGGAAUCUUUCUUGCUGCAGAAAAGUAUGCACCUUCUAAACGGUGGCAUAUAGACACAAUUAUGCGUGUUCUGACAACGGCAGGAAGUUACGUUCGUGAUGAUGCAGUCCCCAAUUUAAUCCAGUUAAUAACCAAUAGUGUGGAGAUGCAUGCUUAUACUGUUCAGCGCUUGUACAAAGCAAUUCUUGGUGAUUAUUCUCAACAACCUUUGGUACAAGUAGCUGCAUGGUGUAUAGGUGAAUAUGGUGAUCUUCUUGUAUCUGGCCAGUGUGAAGAAGAAGAGCCUAUUCAGGUAACAGAGGAUGAAGUCUUGGAUAUUUUAGAAAGUGUCCUAAUCUCUAAUAUGUCCACCUCUGUGACACGAGGUUAUGCCCUCACUGCCAUUAUGAAGCUUUCGACUCGAUUCACCUGCACUGUAAACCGAAUUAAGAAAGUGGUUUCCAUCUAUGGAAGCAGCAUUGAUGUGGAACUCCAGCAGAGGGCAGUAGAAUAUAAUGCACUUUUUAAGAAAUAUGACCACAUGAGGUCUGCCCUACUGGAGAGGAUGCCUGUCAUGGAAAAAGUGACCACAAAUGGCCCUACUGAGAUUGUGCAGACAAAUGGGGAGACAGAACCAGCUCCACUAGAGACUAAACCACCACCCUCUGGGCCCCAGCCCACCAGCCAGGCAAAUGAUUUAUUGGAUUUGUUGGGAGGAAAUGACAUAACACCUGUUAUUCCAACUGCACCUACAAGCAAACCAGCUUCUGCUGGUGGAGAACUUCUUGAUUUGCUGGGAGAUAUCACCCUUACAGGUACUCCAGCUACUGCUCCUACCCCUGCCUCAGUCCCACAGAUAUCCCAGCCCCCUUUCCUAUUGGAUGGGCUUUCAUCACAGCCUCUCUUCAAUGACAUCGCUACAGGUAUCCCCUCCAUCACAGCAUACAGUAAAAAUGGCUUGAAGAUAGAAUUCACCUUUGAACGGUCAAAUACCAACCCCAGUGUAACAGUGAUAACAAUACAGGCCUCCAAUAGCACAGAGCUAGACAUGACGGACUUUGUUUUCCAGGCUGCAGUACCAAAGACAUUUCAGCUGCAGCUUCUGUCUCCUAGCAGCAGCAUUGUCCCAGCAUUUAAUACAGGAACCAUCACACAAGUCAUUAAGGUUCUGAACCCACAGAAGCAACAGCUGCGAAUGAGGAUCAAGCUCACAUAUAAUCACAAGGGCUCAGCAAUGCAAGAUCUAGCAGAGGUGAACAACUUUCCCCCUCAGUCCUGGCAAUGAGGGUCCAGCACCAUUCUCAUUCUUAUCCCACUCAAUCAAAGGAACUCUGGGAAGGAGGUUGUGAUUGCUGGCAAGUCCCCCCACCCCCAACUGUACCAUGGGCAUGAGGAGCAGAAGAGAACUGUUGAGGAGGAUUUUCCUGAAGUUACUGCUGAUCUUGAAGCAUUGUUAAAGACUAACAUCCUCUCCUCCACUGUUGAAGCUGGCUGCUUCUGGAGGCUACUUUGCACUCUUCCUCCUCUUCCCCCUUUUCUGUACUUCACCCCUCCUACAUUUGCAGCCAGAAUCAACAUUCCCCGGGCUCCUGAGGCAAUAAGCAGCUGGUCUGGAGGAAAGGAUUGGAAUUCAUGGCAAGAAAACACUCACCCUGUCUCUGCAGCCAAGAGUGGCCCCUUCUUUUUACUGUUGUUUCUCUGCGGACUGGGCAAGGUGGGGUAUUUAUUCCUCACUAGCUGGGUUACCAUCUUCAGGCGCUUUUCACAUCUGGCAUUUGGAAUGGAAAUGUAACAAUGAACAUUAGGGAGCCCUGCCUUUUUCUAUUGGUUCCCCCAAGGUUUGAAAGAGGCAUUAGGCUCCUGGUAGCCUUUUCUGUGCAUUGCUGUAAACACACAGACACACACGUAUGUAUGUUUGUUAUCCAGAACUGGUCAGACCUUGAGAGGUUAUAAACACUGGACAGAUGCAGUUAAAAAGAGUUUUUGUUGAGAUUUGGCAUGAAGGAUAUGGUGCUCUAUUUGUAAUAGAAACUUCCAAGGCUCUUCCAGCUCCCCUUUCUUUCCAUUCUCUAGCUGUAGUCCAGAGUGUUCUCCAUGAUUUGCAAAAUUGACUCCCCUUCAAGUGCAAAUGGACAUGUUCUAAAAGAUACAUUAAUAGUUAUUAAUGACCCUAUUUUGACCACAAAUUUUAAUGUUUUUCCCAAGCCUGUCACUUGCCUGUUCAAACUGUGGUAUAUGGGUGGAAAGAGGAGUAUACCAGUUUUAAAGAGCAGACUCCUUAACACAACACCUGUGCUCAGGAAGCGCACUAUCAGACUCAUCCUGGAGCAUAUUGGAGUCAUCCAUUACUCCAGAUCUCCCCUUCUUUUUUAUUUCCUGAGCCUGGCUUGGAUCUUGGCAUUCCGUUUGAAUUCCUUCUUCUAACUGGAACAUUUGUGUUGUAUCUGUAACACUGGCACUGAAAUAAAGACCACACGGUUAAAGAACUCUUCCUAUAUUGUACUUUAUGGUGUUGGAGUGAAGCCUUGUAGCUUCCUUGUCCCUUGUCAAAGGAAGUUUUAUGUUCACCAUAGGGUAAAAAUUCCCUUUCCUGAGGCUGAGUAACUGGUCUGUUGAAAGAGGCCAAUCUCAUGAAUAAUGCCUGCAUUAAAGACUUGAGCUUCUUAAACCAGUAAGAAUGCUGAGCGAAUUUUAGAAAGGAUUCCUAUAUUACAAAAGCUUAAGACUAAGUUGCUGGAAUGAAGUAAAGGUGACUUGCUAUGGUACAUGUUGGGUGUACCAUGUACCUUCAGGUAUGCAAGCACUACAUCUUACUACAGAAACAAGAACAUGUGGGGCCCACCUUUAAAAAUGUUUGCAACUGUUACUGCACUGUACAGUAUGACUACUUUGGCUUCAGUUUUAAACAGAACAGAUAUCUUUUUCUCCCCCUUCCCCCCCAUUCCACCAAGCCUUUACUUAAAAAUCUUCAGUGUCUUGUCAGCCUAGCACUGUAUCAGAUGCUAGACUAGUCUAACAUUUGACAAACUGGAGUUGAACUAAAGACUAAAAGGGAAACUUUCUGGGCUUAUUAGUGUAUAAGAGUAAGGCUACUGAAACUUACUCUAUUGGGUAAAUGGUUGGCUAAGUCAAAAACAGGACAGUAUCUCCUGUUUUCAGUAAAGUAAGUGUUGGACUAGUGCAUAUUUCACACAACUGCUCUGCCUGUGCAAUGAAAAGUAGCCUUUAAAGGUUCUACGUAAACUAUUUCAUUGGAUGGAUAUUUAAUGCUGUGAAACAUGAUAGGAUUAACAUAAUAUUGGUGGAUUUCUUGAAUAGAAUGUCUUAACAUUCCUCUUUGUGUAGAGGCUUUAUUUUCUCCCUUGUGUUUGUGGCUAACUAACGAGCUCAGGUGUGUGUGUGUGUGUGUGUGUGUGUGUGUGUGUGUGUGUGUGUGCGUGUGUGUGUUCGUUCGUUCAUUUUUUUAGUUUCGUUUCUUGUUGUUGAAGUGGGUUGAAUCUUGAGUAAUCUGCGCCAAGACUGUGGCAUAAGAGUGCCAGAUCAUAGUUUUGAGGGAGAGUUUAUGAUCACCCAGGGCUUUGUCUAGAAGGAAUAAAACAUCAUGGCCUUAACACAAAGGGUGCUGUGUAGGACUGAACUGAUUUCAGAGACCGAACCUGGUACCAUACAUACUGAAGGACUAGUAGCCAAAUAACUGCCUAGGAUACUGAUGGUUGUGAAGACUUUCAAAUGACUGGAUCUUGGAAAGCUUCAGUGUGCCUUAGUUUCUAGGAUCAGCAUUAGUUCUCUUUCUUGGCUUUGCAGCUAAAAGGAGAAACCUCUUAAUUUCUGUGAACAUGUGCACAUUUCAGUAAUUCCUUUCCCAAAUAUAGUCAUUCAAGGGGAGCAAAUUCAGAUUGAUUUUACAACUUCAGAGCCAUUGUAAAGGAGGAAUGCCUGGUUUCUGUGAGCACGGAAUAAUCCCAGGGUGAUAAGCAGUGAGCCCUCACAUACUUAGACAAUUUCACAUGCACUUUGUACCUCAGCAUUACCCUUUUGGAGAGUAGUUUGUAUCCUGUUAUCUUCUCCACCCCCAAGUAAUCCUAGGGAGAAUUCAUCUAAGUAAUCUCAAUAAACAAAACAAAACUUUAGGAAGGGUGCCUUCCCUGAGAAGCUCCUCCCACAUUGCUUUGGUGCUGUUACCUUGAGGUGGUUUGGGUAGUGGUGGAAGUUUUACACAGUCUAGUGAUCAUCUGUUAAUUUUACGGUCUUUCUCAUUUAAAGAAACAUUCCUCAAUAGAAUUUUUAAGGGGAGGGCUUUCUUCUUGCUAGGUUAAAGGUGUGAUUUGUACACCUUAUUUGUCUCAAUUGUAUGUGAGGAGAUAUUUAAUAAAAUUGUUCAGCACUAAGAGUUUGAGUAUUUACAUCUUUUCAUUUUUUGUAUCCUUCUAGAAGAGGUUGUGAGGUAGGGAAGACUGCUUUUGAAGUUCAAUUUCAUUAUCUUCUACAUUGGAAUAUAGUUGGGCCAUGAGAACUAGGAGAAAGGAAGGAGUUUGAAUGUGGAUUUUUUUCUUCUAGUGAAUGUAUUUUAACUGUGGUAUCCUGAACUGAGAGAUAGAGAGCAAAAAGCAAAUACUCACAAGUUGUGGUUCAGGAAUGGUUGUUGAUGUCCUUGUUCAUUAGUUUGCGAGUGGGGAGGUUUGUUGAAGGAAGAAUUUGUUCAGAAAGUUCUGAAGUUUAAAAUACUUUUGACCAGCUUUGGCUCUGAAGGGUUGGGCUGCUGGUAGAACUGGAAGUGAAAAACGUUUUCAAAGCAAUAGCAGUGAGUGGGUCCCACAGACAGUGUUCCAAACCUUGGAACACUGACAUGAAGAAAAUGCCGAAGCCGCUUUGCACAGUUGCUUUGCCAACUUUCACGUGGCUGAUUCUGGCUUCAAGAUGGAGUGAUGGAACUUGCUUCCUCCCCCUUACCCCCCAUGAACUUAUGUUUGUGCUUUGUGUGUUUUGUUUUUAUUUGGGGAAUCUCAUGGGAAAGAGCUUCUGAUCACUUUCCUUUGUGAACUCCGACUGUGGUCCUGUAAGGUCCUUUUUCUUCCAUAAUGUUGUAAGUUACAUUUUCAUUAAGCCUCGUCACAUCUUCUUUACUGUAAAAAUAUUAAAAGGCUGUUUCCAAGUGGAACAGCUAAUGAAGUUCUAAUUAUUGCAGACAUAUUUUUGAGAUGUAAAAAAAUUUAAAAUUAAAUGAUAAGUCUUAGAGGCGAGUGAGGAAUAAAAUGGAUGUAAACAUUUACAUGGGAUGCAUUUAGAAAUCUGCUGUGUGUAUUGUCUUUUUGGUUGAAACAAAUUAUGAACAGUGACUGAUAAUAAAAAGUCAAUACUC